AUGCCUUCCUAUCACAGCUGGGGCGCAGCCCCCCAACACGCGCGACUUCCCCCGACGCCGCCGGAGUACCAACCCACUUAUCUCACGCCCUUGAGUGCGGUGUCUGAUCAAGGCUUCUAUCAUUCGCAAGGUUAUCACUCUCGUCGAUCGCUCUCAUCGCGAGACUACAACGACAGAUACCAGCCUCCCCCGGCCUACACAGCUCAGCCAUCUUUGGCAGGACAGGUGUCGCGAAUCGGGCAUGCUCACCCGUCACAAGAAUAUCCAUAUCCACAACCCUACCAUAUGCAUGGCUCGUCCUACUGGGCAAACCACGUCGGGGCGCCUAUUCUCCCUCCUAUCCGUGUCACCGAGGCUUUGGAUCAGUUCCCAACACAUUAUGGAGCACAGCACAAUGAGUCCAAGCCUAAGGAGGACAAGCCGACAGGAGGGGUAGCGCAACACUUGGACUACGAUAUGGACUUGAUGUCCAGCUUCGUGGCCGAGAUGUCCCAAAAACUUGUAACACCAGAGUCCGCACCAACAUCUCAGUUCCGCAAAUAUGUGUCCCAAAUUCUGUCAUCUACUCGCCUGCCAAGCUCUACAAUCAUGCUGGGGCUGUAUUACCUGGCUUCACGAAUGAAGCAGGUGAAUGAACGCGGGCAGUCAACUUCGUCCUCCGGCACUGUCUAUCGCAUGCUCACCACUUGCCUUCUUCUCGGCAGCAAGUUUCUUGACGACAACACAUUCCAGAAUCGUUCCUGGGCCGAAGUCAGCAGCAUUCCAGUGCACGAGCUGAACAUGAUGGAGCUGCAGUGGUUGACAGACUUCAACUGGGAGAUCCACGGUAUGAUGUACGACGAGGAUGAUGGCUUCUUCAUGUGGGUUGAGCACUGGCAUGCCUACGAAGAAAAGGCUCAGCUUGCCAAAGUCAAGGAGCUUCAAAAGCUCGCUCCGAUCGAGACAAACCUUCAUCGCCAUCAUCCCAUCCAGAAUCAACCCUUGAUGUCCCCGGAAGGACCCAUUCCACCUCAGUAUCAGCAAGGCUCGCAAUACGAUACCCGUUGGGUUCGUGCAUAUAUUUCGGAAUAUUCACCUCCAUCUGCUCCACACAGUGGCCCACCCACCCCUGAUUAUUACAAUGCUUCCUGGACGUUCACACCGGGUGCUCCUCCAGCAUAUGGCCGCCAGCAGUACCAUUCUGAUGGUGCGUCGGCAUACUCAACUCAACGCAAUCAGCUGCCUACGUACUCUCAGACGUUUGGCUAUGGGUCCGGUUUGGCUCCGAAUUGGGUCUCUCACGGUCCCAACUGCGGCUGCAGUCUCCAUGCCAAGCACUCGGAUUAUUACUUCAACCACCCGGGAUACGCCAUGCAAACUGUAGUGGGUUAA